AUGGUGACCAUGGAAGGGGUGCAUUUAAUUGUAAAAAAAUGCGCCGACGAGAUACGAGAGAGAGGUUUAUGCGUGGUCGACAUCUUCAAACCGAUUCGCAUCGGCGAAAACGAGGAUGAGGUCCGGGAGCUCGUCAAUUUUCUACUAGAAAAGAGUCAAUCGGAAUGUAAGGACGAACUCAGGAAACAUGAUAUUCACGACAUCGGAAAUGAAUUAGUCAAACACACGACACCACCAUCCCUUCACCGAUGUAAUGCAAAACCAACUUUGGGAAAAUUCUCCGUAGUCACGGAGAUCCUUUGCGAAGUGUUCAGCAUCUGCGCCGAUGUCACCGCCGAGUCCCAUAUAAACAAGAUGUCGGCACAACGAUUGGUGAAAUCGUUUGCUCUCUGCCUGAUGGGAAAUCACGAACAAGGUGGAAAAAAUUUUGACUCAGCUUACACAGAGUGGACAAAGUGCUCCAACGCUUGUCUUCACCUUUUUCUCGCCUAUCUCCGUGAAAGGUCAGUUUCCGAGUCGCUCAACCCGCGACUAACAAUGUUGCUGGAUAAUUACGUUGAAUAUCGUAAGAAGUCCAUCGCCUCCACGUACUUUGAACACCCGCUGCCCGACACCACUAUCGAAGACUUGAAUUCGAUACCCAAACCGAGAUCGAGAAAACAAUCAUCGGUCACCUUCACUCAGACCGAGAUCAACGAGAAGAAAACGUUAAUUUCAGAAUUACCAUCGUCCUCGCGUCCGGUGAGCAUCCUGAAGGUCACGAGGCAAGUUCCGGUGGCCUCAGCCAGACGGGAAACGAGAAGGUUCACCACCUUACUACCCGAGAUGAUUGGCGGUUUAAAGCGCAAGACGAUCAUUCGUACUAGCAUCGUGAUGACCUUGGACGAGAAGCGAAAUGCGGAACAGAUGUGGGAGGCGUUUCAGAGCAAUGGGGUUGGCGCUAUGUCAGAUGAUUACUUGAAACUAUACUUUGCCAUUGAAGAGAGGGACCGCAAGUCAACGUACACGGGAAAUCCCGAUAAUCUGUUGUGGACUCAUUUUUCGAGAAAGGGCUUCAAGAGUCUUCAUCUGGAUCCUCCGGAAAUCAUCGUUGGCAAAUCCGACGAAGGUCAGAAGUCCAUCACCGAUAACGCCAAAAUCAGGACGAUAUCGAAGAUCUCUGAGAAAGAGGAGAAUGAAGAUGAACCCGACAAGGGUCAAGAGGUGCAACUGGCCAGGAAUGACUCUGGCGUUUCCGUUGGGGACUCGAUGAGGCAGACGGUGGUCUGGGAUGAGUUCUCCUCAUCGGGUUUCAGAGAUAACGUCGAUAACAUAUCGAACCUCUCUCUGCCGAUAGGGGAGGCGCUCAGCGUCGAAAGAGUUGACACGGAAAACAAAGAGAACGAGAAUGACGUCGAGCCGAAGGGAAAGUCGCGUAAGGGUAGCGUGGCGAAAAAGAAGUUUGUAAAAUUCCGUUCCCUGAGACGGCCACCGAGAACUCGUUCGUUUGACCACAUCUUGAUGGAUAAGGAGGAGGAUUGGGAAGAUUGGGAUAUCAUUAGCCGUACCGAAGAUUUGCCUGUCGCAACACAUCUGUCCAUUGAGACCGUCGACGAAAUAUUUCCUUAUGUUUGGAUGGAGACCACCGCCGAGGGUGAAGGCAACCGAUGGGGGGACUGGGUAUUCAUAGAACCAAAGAAAGGUUUGGUGAAUGAGUGUGAAUGGGUAAUGAUCGAAGAGAAAGCUCAGAUAUUCUCCGAUGGGGAACUCAAAAAAUCCUACACGCGAAGGAAGAUGAGUAUAAUAAGUACUUUCAGCAUUCCCUGGGUCACGAGCAGAGGGAAACCCCGACCAGUGAGUAAAGUCAGUACCGCACACUCUUUUGCCUCGAGCAAGUUACCGCAGCCUCCCCGUGCACUGGCAAUGUUCGAUCGUGCCCGAACGGAUGAUAGCUCUGAUAUUAUGACGACUAACUACAGGUUUGGACCCCGGCGGUUCACGAAAAAAGACAUUAGUGGGCCUUACCCACAGGAAAGACGAAGUGUGAUGCAUUUUUCCAGGACGAAGAAUAGUGGAUAUGCCGAUGGCAACGGAACGACAAUGCAGUAUGAGAAAUAUCAAUAUAAUUAUUCGGGGGAUGAUUAUGAAUCGGAUCCGGGAUACUACAAUGAAUAUCAGGACGGAUAUUACGACGAAUACCCAGAUGGGCAUUACGAUGGAUAUCAAGACGGAUAUUACGACGAGGAAUACUGGGAAGAUGAUUACUAUCACCAGCAGGGGUACGCGGAGGAAGAUGGUUAUUAUGAUCAGGUUGGUUACGAUUAUUCCGGUGGAGCCGAAGAAGAAGGAAAUUUCGAAGACGCGAAGAAUAAUGAAGAGUCUCGAUCACCACAAGUUGAAAGGUUGUUGAACGUGGAUUCGAAAGAAGAUGCCAAGGGAAAAGAUAAGGAGGUGUUGAGACCACAGACAACCAGCGUGAACGUGUAA